CAAAAACAUCAUUCAAACACAACAUAAACAUAAAUGGCUCCGAAGAAAACCGUCGUGAAAACCACCAAAAAAACCUUACGAGAAACCGUCCAAGUUUCAGUAGUCGAUCAAACCACCAAAACACCAAUCGCUAGAGACUUUUCAUCCAAAGAAAAAACCGAAAUCACCACCGUUCAAAACGACGUCGAAACCCAAGUGGAUGACGAUGGUGAAACCCAAAUGGAUGACGACGAAAACGACGUCGUAAACCCACGAGAAACACGAGAAAUCAAAAUCCAAGACGCCACACCCACUCCGAAGAAAGACGAAAAAAAACGGAAGAAACCCGCCACCCGCGACACUGAAAAACCGAAGAAAAUCGCGAGUGUCGCGGGUAGCGAAAAGAGGAAGAAGAGGAGGAGGAAGUUGGGGGAGAGUGGUGGGGGUGAAGGGUAUAAAAGGUAUUUGCAUAGAGUGUUAAAGCAAGUGCAUCCGGAUUUAGGUAUAUCGUCGAAAGCGAUGACGAUAAUCAACAAUUUGAUGGGGGAUAUGUUCGAGCGGCUGGCGGAGGUGGCGGGGCGGUUAGCGGAGGUCCAUAAGAAGAUGACGUUGACGUCGCGGGAGAUUCAAGCGGCGGUGAAGUUGGUUUUGCCUGGAGAGCUUGGGAAGCAUGCGAUUGCAGAGGGGUCGAAAGCGGUUACGAGUUACGUGUCCUACGGUGGUGGUGGUGGUGCAACUAGAUCUUAGGUUUCUUUGGUGGUUGUUUCAAUGUUUUAAAAACCGGUUAAACCACUGGAUCGAAACCACUGGAUCGAACCAGUUUUGAGCCAAAUCCGGUACGGUAUAAACCGGAUUUUAAAACAUUGGUUGGUAGGUUUAGGGAGAUUAGUUAGGAAUGUAUAUGGUAAAUGUAGUGCUAACGUUGUACUUGGUAUCCUUGUUUAAAUGUGUUAUGUUUUCUAGGUU